AUGGUGUCAGAGAAGGAGAAGAAAAUUAGUACCACCCAGACGAUGAUUGGAUCUGCACCGGCUAUUCAAAUGCCUGCCCCACUGAACAUGGAUGAACGUAGUUUGGCAAGCAACUGGCGUUUGUGGAAGAGCAAAUGGAUGGAUUUCUGCGCUUUAUCGCAUCUGGACAAACAACCGAUGGCGUACCGCUUGGCCAUGUUUCGACACGCAGCAGGAGAUGAUGCGCACCGCGUGCUAGAGACAUUGUGUUACGACAAGAGCGAAGAUGCCAACAAUCUGGAGACAGUUCUUGAGAAGUUCAGUGAAUACUGCGAAGGCCAAACAAACGAUACAUUUCAACGCUACCUCUUCUUUUCGCGGAACAGGCGGCCAGGUGCAUCCGUUGACACGUACGUCACUGAGCUAAAGAUUUUGGCCCGAUCCUGCAGUUUCUGUAAAUGCGUGGCGGACAGUCUCAUACGGGACCGCAUUGUUCUUGGGAUCAAUGACGAAGGUUUGACGAAGCGACUAUUACGAAAGCGCAACCUAUCUCUGCAGCAAUGUAUCGACAUCUGUAACAGUGAGUCCUCCACUGCCUAUCAGUUCCAGCAGAUGACAAUCACAGGUGAUUCAGAGUUGUGCGCCGUUUCCAGGAGCAAAACUACGAGGGCCACGACCGUGCGACAGGAGCCCUGCAACUUCUGUGCAACACGACAUCCGAGGAACCGCGAACAGUGUCCGGCGUGGGGCCGCAUUUGUGUCAAAGGUGGGAAGCGCAAUCACUUCGCCCGCUGCUGUCAGUCGACAGAUGUCAGUGCACUCGUUCCAGACAAAUCAACAGAAGACACCGAACAAUCGAUUGGUAACGUGUCUCGGAAAGCGUCGCAGAAGUGUGUCUAUGCAAGUCUUCUGAUUGAGGGACGGUCUGUGCGAUUCCAGUUAGACACAGGCGCGACGAUCAAUAUUUUGCCAAGAAAGCACUGCCGCGGCGUGCAAAUUCAAUCGGAUCAAGAUUAUUUGCGCAUGUGGAAUGGUUCCAGACUCAAGCCAAAGGGCUCAGCGACAAUUGAAGUGGUCAAUCCGAGAGACAUUGUUUCGCAUCGUCUGCAGUUCGUGAUCGUGGAUGAGGAUCUCACGCCGAUUCUCGGCAUUGAUUCGAUUUUAUCGCUUGGCUUUGUCAUUUUUAACCAUGAUCGUUUUGUGUACGCUUGUCAGAGUUAA